AAUAACAACGAGAGAAAAUUUUGCAUGAAGAUAAGCCGAGUUUUAUGAAUGCCAAGCUGCCGAAAGCAUGGUAAGAUGAUCCACUGGGUUAAAAGUUUUGUAAAGGAUCGGCUGGUUUAGGGUUGGGUUUGCUGAGGGUGGCGUGUAGAGGGUCUGGAAUCUCGCGCCAUGGAUGGGUGAUGAAUGGGAUGGUAUGGGAGUGGUAUGAUGUUGAGAGCGUGCGAUUUAUGGAUGUUAGGAGAGAGGAGAGAAGGCUGAUUUGAUACCGUAUCUUGGGGAUUUCAUUUUCAUUCCAAGGGAAUGGUAUCUCGGAUGAGAUAGUAUGAGAUGGAAGGAUGGUACUGUCCCUUCGAUUAAUUCUCCCCACGCAGAUAACUCCAAAAUCACAUCAAGCGAAGGGGUUAAGACGUGAGGGUAUCACAUCAAUCACAUCACGGUAGAAUUAGGCUUAUAUUUGAAUGCCAACGAGCGGGUGAGCGGAUGUGAGAGCGGUAAGAAUAAGGUUUUUGAUACCGCUUUGAUUUCAAUGAUAGGGAUUUUUGAAACGUUUUUACAUCUAUAUUCGGGAUGAAAGACAAGGUUGAUGAGCUGGAAGUGGAUUUAUAACUGUGGUUAGUGGUCUGGGCGAGAAAAAAACGAGUUGAGAUUUGGAUAGUGGAGACUUGGUUGUCGGGUCUUGAGUAAGACUUCAGAUUAGAGGGAAGGAAUGGAUAUUGUAAGGAAAUGUAUAAAAGGGUCAGGUACCUUUUUGAUGUAUUUCGCUUUGUUUCUUGUAUUUUGUUUCAUAUCUUUCCAUAUUGCUUUGUGGUUUCUACUUCGCUCUACCUCUUCUUGUGCAAGUCAUCUAUAUAUCACAUUCUAUUGCAUGGUCAAUACUCACCUCCAUCGAAAUGUCAGACACAGAGAGUAAUCACUCGAAUCCAAAGGAUAUCUUAUAUGAAUCUAUCCUCAACAUCAACACAAAAGAUACUCAAACACCCGUCACCCGCAUCCCUACCAACAAAUCAACACAUUCUCGCCGUGGAAGUAACACCCUCCAUAACACUUUAACACGUCUCUCAACAAAAGAAACUCGAGAUCCAGAACUCGACAUUAAUCUUCCUUAUCGAACCCUGAGUCCUAAUGCCAACCUCGCGGAAUACACUGAAGAGAAACCUGCCGGAGAAAUCCCAGCAGGAAAAGGAGAUGGAAAAAUAGAUUACAAACUCGUCACCUUUUACCCUAACGAUCCAGAGAACCCGAAAAAUUGGUCAAAGGCUUUUAAAUGGUAUUGUACCAUGGUUGUUGCGCUGACUUGUUUCGUGGUUGCACUUGCUUCGUCGAUUAUUACCGCGGAUCUUAUUGGAGUAGAGAAGCAAUUUAAUGUUUCGGAGGAGGUUGCACUUCUUACUAUUACGGUUUUUGUAGUAGGCUUUGGUAUUGGUAUGUUUAUUAACAUUCAUGGAUAUCUAUCUUGAGAUGGUAAACAUAAGCUAACAAAAAAAAAGGUCCAAUGAUGUUCGCUCCCCUUUCUGAAGUUCUUGGACGCCGCUUGAUCUAUGGAACUACUUUAUUUUUAGCUGUAAUCUUCAUCAUUCCAUGCGCCCUCGCUCAAAACAUCGAAACACUCAUUAUCUGUCGUGCUCUGGAUGGUAUCUGGUUUUCGGCUCCAAUGACCCUCGUGGGUGGUACCCUCGCCGAUCUUUGGCGUAACGAAGAACGUGGUGUCCCAAUGGCCGCCUUCUCCGCUGCCCCCUUCAUUGGACCCGCUAUCGGUCCUCUAAUCGGUGGUUUCCUCUCCGAUGCAGCUGGAUGGCGCUGGUUGUAUUACAUUCAAAUCAUCUUGGCUUUCAUCGUCUGGAUCCUCAUAACCUUCACCGUCCCAGAAACAUACGCGCCUACAAUUCUCGCUCGUCGCGCUAAGAAAAUGCGUGAAGAAACAGGCAGCCCAGAACACGUCACAGAACAAGAUCUCGACCUACGACCAUUUGUCGAACGCCUUCGAGUCUUCCUCAUCCGUCCUCUGCAACUCCUUUUCGGCGAACUCAUCGUCUUCCUUAUUUCCCUUUACAUGAGCGUCCUCUACGGUCUCCUCUACAUGUUCUUCAUCGCCUUCCCCAUCAUCUAUCAAGAAGGAAAGGGUUACUCCGCCGGAACAACAGGUCUCAUGUUCAUCCCCCUCGCUCUCGGCGUCAUCGCAUCCGCUCUCUGCGCACCAAUCGUAAACCGCCACUACAUGAGCCAAGUACACAAAUACAACGGUAAUCCCCCCGCAGAAGUCCGUCUCAUCCCCAUGAUGUGUUCCUGCUGGUUCAUUCCCAUCGGUCUCUUCAUCUUCGCCUGGACCUCCUACCCGCAUCUCCACUGGAUCGGUCCCGCAAUCGGUGGAUUUCCAAUAGGCUUCGGAUUUAUCUUCCUCUACAACGCGGCAAAUAAUUACCUCGUCGAUUCAUACCAACAUCAAGCAGCAUCAGCACUUGCGGCUAAAACUUUCCUUAGAUCGUUCUGGGGUGCUGCGGUCGUGCUUUUUACUGAACAAAUGUAUGCGAGAUUGGGAUAUCAGUGGGCGAGUUCGGUUUUGGGUUUUAUUGCUCUCGCGUGCUGUGCUAUUCCUUUUGUGUUUUGGACUUGGGGUGCGAGGAUUAGGAGGGGGAGUAGAUUUGCUUUUGGGGGUGAGGAUGAGGAGAGUGCGAGGAUGAAGACGGGGGUGGAGAGAGAGGUUAUGGGGGAGGAGUUGCAGAGACAGAUGAGCUAUGUUAGUACGCCUUAGAUUGUGGUGUAAGAGGCUAGUAAGUGGGUGUGAUGGAAAUGGAGAGAAUGAGAAUAUGGGAUUAUGGGAUUAUGGGAAUAUGGGAAUAUGGAAAAGAUGUGCUAUGAUAUAAUGGUAAUGAACUUAAAGAUGGGAGUAAUACAAUCGGGUUGUUGGGGUUAGGGAGGUUGGGCGGGUUAGGUUUGGGUGUGCUAUCUUGUAUUUGUAGAAUGGUGUUAGGGAUAUA